GUGGGUACGGCCUAGUCCUGCCGCUCUGCUCAGCUGCUGCGGUCCCGGAUGUUCCCCUCCCACAAGGCCUUCCAGUCCAUCCUGCCAGGGACACCCCUCACCUACCCUACCUACCAGCCUUCUGUGAGGCCAGGCUCUGCUGGGGGUGCAGGGAGGUGGACAGGGGGCCCUAGGUCCGACCAGUCCAGGGACGCUCACAGCCUGGAGGGGCUCAGAACAGACCCUGACGAUCCCAGCCCGGGUGAAUACUGGGGACUGAGGUGCUGUGCGGGGCAGGCUGGUGCCUGGCGGGCCGUGGUCGGAGAAGGCGUCUCCGCGUUCCCGCUCCUCCACGCAGGGUCUGGACUGACACCGGUGGGUCGGGAGCUGGGCUGGGGUCCCCAGGGCGCUGCCCGAGGGCGCGGCCCCACCGCCCAGGCACCUCGCCAGCGGACAGGCGGAGCCAGCAGAUGGGCUGCCCGCCGCCACGGGGGGGUCGCGGGCGUCUGGCCGGCACAAGCGCGCCCGCCGCCUGCCCGCGGGACAAAGCGCGCGAGACAAAGGCGCGGCCAACACCUGUCGCUCUUGGCGCGGCUGCCGCUUUUCUCCGCCGAAGCUGCCGCAGCUGCCAACUGUCACGGGCAUCAAGUUACUGGGGCCAGACGGCAGCCUCGGCGGGCCUGGCGGGGGGACCCAGCUCCUGGGGCCUGUGGCCCGAGCGCUCCGUUCCGGAGGCGCCAUCGGUGAAGGAGGGAAAUGAAUGAAUGAAUGGGUGGACGGAGGGACGGACGGACGGGCGAGCACCUGCUCGCACGCGCGGCAGAUCAGUGGUCCUAACGCAGCAGACGGAGAGAAACAAGCGCAGGCAGGCCCGGAAGCCGCUGGUGGAGAAGAAGCGGCGCGCGCGGAUCAACGAGAGCCUGCAGGAGCUGCGGCUGCUGCUGGCGGGCGCGGAGGUGCAGGCGAAGCUGGAGAACGCCGAGGUGCUGGAGCUGACGGUGCGGCGGGUCCAGGGCGCGCUGCGGGGCCGGGCGCGCGAGCGCGAGCAGCUGCAGGCGGAAGCGAGCGAGCGCUUUGCCGCCGGCUACAUCCAGUGCAUGCACGAGGUGCACACGUUCGUGUCCACGUGCCAGGCCAUCGACGCCACCGUCUCUGCCGAGCUCCUGAACCACCUGCUCGAGUCCAUGCCGCUGCGCGAGGGCAGCAGCUUCCAGGAUCUGCUGGGGGACGCCCUGGUGGGGCCACCUGGAGCCCCUAGGCGCAGUGGCUGGCCUGCGGGAGGGGCUCCAGGAUCCCCAGUACCCAGCCCCCCAGGUCCCGGGGACGACCUGUGCUCCGACCUGGAGGAGGCCCCUGAGGCUGAACUGAGUCGGGCACCUGCUGAGGGGCCCGACUUGGUGCCCGCAGCCCUCAGCAGGCUGACUGCAGCCCAAAUAGCCCAUAGUGUCUGGAGGCCUUGGUGACCAACGCCAGACAGAGUCCUGCGGGGAUGGGCCCGGCCCUCCCAGGAGCUCCUCCCUCCUCCCAGAGGUUCAGAUGUGCUGGGGUAGGGCCCUGGAAGCCCCCCAGGUCCACCCUUUCUCCUCCCCUGGAUGGCUUGCAGGGCAGCCCCUAGUGACCAGCCCAGUCAGGCCCAACCCCGUUUCUUGAGGAAGAAACUUUUAUGGACCCUGAAGCUCUGGGUGGGUGUAGGAAGAGAGCUACAGGCAGGAGGAGGAAUCUUGUGGAGCUACCGGGGCUCUCCCAGCUUCCUGCGCCCAGCCUUCGCCAGCCUUGUGCGGGUUCUGGGGGCAGAGGUGGCAGGAACGGUUCUGGGCAGUAGUGUCCCAGGCAGCCCUGGGCUAAAUAAAAGCUUGAACUUGCCAUUUCCACCAGGAGAUGAGAGGCAGGUGCGUCCUGCAGCACUGCUCAGACCUGUGAGGCUCUGUACAUCUUGUUCGUAGUACACUUGAGUUUGUGUAUUCCACUGCCAUCAAAUGUUACAAUUUUACUAAAUAAAGAAUUUGGAGCUCGUUA